AUGGCCAUCACGUCGGACGAAGUGAAUUUUCUCAUCUACCGGUACCUGCAGGAGUCGGGCUUUUUGCACUCGGCGUUCACGUUUGCCUACGAGAGUCAGCUGGCCAAGUCGAGUGUGAUCCAUACCGAAGUGCCGCCCGGGGCGCUCGUGUCGUUUCUGCAAAAGGGACUGCAGUACGUCGGGAUUGAAGCACAUAUCAACGAGGACGGAACAGAGCGCGAGUGCAGUGGCGAGUUUUCACUGCUGAGUCCGCACAUUUGUCGGGUGGCGCAGUCUGCUUCGAGUAGUGCAAGGUCGUUCAAGUCAUGUAACAAGCGAAAGCGGAAAGGAGAGGGCUCACCACACGCCGUGGAUGGUACGAAAGAGAUGCAUGGCGUAGAUAAACUAGACAAGGAGGCACUUGUGUUGCUGAGCGGACACGAGAAGGAAGUGUACGCUUGCUCGUGGAACCCAACGACGAACGUUUUAGUGUCAGGAUCCAGUGACUCGACGGCGAGGCUCUGGACACUGCCAAACAAGGUAGAAGAUGAAAAAUCUAUGGUGCACAAGAUACUGGACCAUGGCUCAGGACCGCACAAGGACGUCACGACUCUCGAGUGGAAUCACAAUGGAUGUUUGUUAGCGUCAGGAACAUACAACGGCAAGACACGGAUAUGGGAUGCGGAAGGCGAGAUGAAGCACAUGUUCCAAUACCACAAUGGACCAGUAUUUGCUACUCGGUGGAGCAAGACUAGUCUGUUUCUGCUUAGUGCUAGCUUCGACAAGACUGUUGUUCUGUGGGAUGCUACGACUGAAACGAAACGACAACAGCUCAAGCUGCACGACGAUCCGAUUUUGGAUGCAUCGUGGAAGGAUGACUCUACUUUUGCUACAUGUUCUUCCGACAUGAAUAUUUGUGUGGCUCGCGUGGGAGGAACGAAAGCUGAUAUGGUGCUGCGUGGUCACAAGGACGCAAUCAACUCGGUCAAAUGGGAUCCGUCUGGUCGAUUUCUGGCAUCCUGUUCUGAUGACUACACGGUAAAAAUCUGGGAACCAUACGCAAAAGUUACUGGCAAGAAGGAGACAGAGCACGACGACGACACGGGAGGUGACAGCACGAAGAACAACGAGGUGGAUCCGGCAUUGGAUACAGCGAGCUCUGUGGCACUGGUGUUUACGCUGCAAGAGCACAAAAAGGAAGUAUACACGUUUCGUUGGAGUUGCACGGGCCCCGGUACAGCUCUACCAGACCAGCCUCUGACACUAGCCAGCGCAUCUUUUGAUGGCACCGUGAAACUGUGGGAUGCAGAGUCGGGAUCUUGUAGGAGAACAUUUGAUCAUCAGUAUCCUGUAUAUGGUGUUGCGUUUAGCCCGGAUGGGCAACACUUGGCAAGUGGCACAGUAGGGGGCAUGGUCAAUGUUUGGUCGCUGAAGGACGGAUCCUUAGUAAAGAUGUAUCAAGCAAAUGGUGAUGUCUACGAGGUCAAUUGGAACAAACAGGGUGACCAGAUCGCCGCGUGCGUGUCUAGUGGUGACGUCGCAAUUAUCAAUUUUCGAUUGUAG